UUUAAAUCUGCCAAUCACAUGAUGAACAGAUGACCUACAGGACAGUAGACGUCAUAUAGCCUAUGGCUUCCCUUCAAUGCGGUUCUUCAAAAAAUUCCAAAGAGGAUUACUUAAAGCGUUACCUCGAACCAGUGAGUAGUAAAAAGAAACGAAAAGCUGUUAAUGAUGUAACAGUGAAGUAUAUCUCUGGUGAUCUUCCUGAAACCCUAGAUGCUUUCUAUAAAUCCGAUCCAGAUAGUUUUACCUUUCCAAGUAUUCCAGAUCACGAUGAUAAUGAUGGUGGUGAACAUCACCGGCAAAAACCAGCAACAAUUGUACGACAGACAGCCCUCUUGAAAAAUACUAAAGCACCAAAACCACUUGACAAGUCGAAAAAAGAGGCUGAAUUAGAAGCGAGAUAUGAUGUAUGGAAUAAAGGUAUUAAAACGCUAGAGGAAACGUAUAAUAAAUUAAAAGAACAAGAAUAUGAAAGUUCUAAACCUCUGGCAAGAUAUGCUGAUGAUAAAGAUCUGACAGAACACUUGAAAUCACAAAUACAUGCGGAGGAUCCUAUGGCUCAGUAUUUUGCAAAGAAACAGAAGAACAGCAAGAAGAAGAAACACGGGAAGAAAAAGCAUAAAGGGAACCAAAUGUAUGAAAAUCAAACAGUCGAAAUAUUAACCUAAAUAUCAAUCUUCAAGUCAUUAUUGACUACUGGUUGGAUUUCCUGAAGCUGUGCAAUAGAGGAAGUCAGGAUCAGUGUGCUGCACUAUGUUACGAUAAUGAGGGGUGGAUGGUAAUCGAAGAUGCAUUGGUUUUGGGGGAUAACGAUGCGCUUUUCCACAAUCAUAGAAAGUACUCAUCAAGACAUUAGAGCGAAAAAAGCAAGGGGCCCAACAAACAGAUAGCUUGGCGGCGCUAUCAUUCGCGAAAGCAGCUGUACAACAGCAUUUAUAUACUUAAGUUCACACACACACACAAUGAUUAUUUAAUUCCAUAUAAUAACGAAGUGUCCACACCCUGCUUCUAAGCAAUGUAAAGGAUAGACUUCAACAUAUGACCAAUAUUACAGUUCAACUGCUCGUUUGAAGUUAGGUACGUAUGGGUCGUUCGAUGCGUGUCCUAUCAAAACGUGUUAGAGAACAUUACGCAGCAUGGUUGCAAAGAGGAGGCAUUGGUUCAAUUAGAAGCGCUAUAAUUGUGGACACCUUGUCAACACACCCCUGUCACACCAUCUCAACUGACUCAUCAUUCAGAGUGAUUCACAAUAUUAGACGAAAAUCUAUCAAAGGAAGUGUGUUUUUGUGACUUCUUUGUACUGCAGAAGAAGCCCUGAUCAUCUCAUAUGCAUUGAAAAACCGGAGCUAUGUGUUUAGAAGAAACUAAUCUAACCUCUAUAGUUUAUCUUAGAUUUAGUUCAUUUGGUUUCCUUGGGCUUUGUUUUUUUUCAUCCGCUUCAUUAUUUUUCUUUCACAUUUUCUUUCAGUUUUUAAAAUAUUAUUCUUUCAACUUGUUUCUUCCAUGCUCAUCCCAUUCAUACUUUUAUUCGUCAAACAUUAUUUUCUAAUUCUGUAUAAUUUUGUUCUCAAGUCCCUUGUUACCUAUAUUCACACCCUCGAACUUUCAUAUCAAGUUAGCCAUUAUUAUUUCAGUUAUCACAGAAAAUGCACAUUGGGUCAUAGGAGUUAUUUAAGGAGACAAUUGCAGCGACGAAAAUUUUCUUUCCGACGAAGUCAUCAUCUAGGUAGCUGUACAUUCGUGUAUUUAUAUCAAAUGGAUGAGAAAGUUCCAGAAUAAUAUCCGGUCAAGGGGCAAAUUAAUUAAAAUUAAAAUUAGGAAUUAGAAUGCCAUAAUAAACAGGGGGAUGGAUAAAACAAACAAAGCAGCAUCAUGAUAGCUAAGAAGAUUGACAUAUUGUACAGUUGGCGGUUAGAAAUGCAGAAAUAGCAAAAUAGAUAGACAGGAUGUUUGGAUAAGAACUAAUGUGAUGAAUAAUUGUUUAUGCAAUCAGGGAUUAAAUAUGUAGAAAUAGUAAAAUGACAAAAUAAACACGAAGUUCAGGUAUGAAAAUAUGGUAGUGUA